AUGAGUCUUAUCUACAUUCCUUUAUCAUCAGCGAUGUUGAUGAAGAAGCAAAGUCAUUGUUUCGAAAUGAAGAAUGGGAAGAGAUAUUUUCUUCAAACUGCAAAAAAAUGCCAAAAAUCGGUUAUAGAGCUUAUAAAAAGAUAUUUGCUAACUGAUCUAUCUUCAUUUCGAAAAAUCAUUUUUGAGUCUUUCUUACCUACUAACACUUCAUACUCCAACAAGAAACACUUUGACUUGGAUUAUGUAAAUCUUGUGUAUUGUGCCAUAUAUACACUCUGGGGAGAUGAUGACGAUUUUAUCUUAGAUCCAUUAAGGAUUAAUUUGAUACGUGGAGAAGGUAUGAGCAUGGCGUCUAGUGAUAGAAAGAACGAUAUAAGUUGUGACGUGGAUCAAAAAAUGAUUGGCAAGAAAAGGGAUGGGACUUCAUCUAGUGAUAGUUGUGGUGUAGAUCGAAAAAAGAUCGGUAGAAAAGGGGAUGGGAUUUUUAGGUUGAAAAGUGAUAGAGAUAUGUUAGUAGUGCUUAUAACGAAAUGCAAAGGCAAUGAACAAAUUGCUAGACAAUUACAGAUCGUUGGAAUAUUACAUAUAGUUGGUCGUAUAAAUGAUCCACCAUUAGCAUUCGUGAUAAAGGAUGUAUUAAGGGCAAAGGCAAUCAUUAUGCGGACAUUGAGACCAAACCGAUGUACAACUUCUCUACCUAUGACUUUACCUUUGACUUUCAAGACUCCUAAUACAAUACGUAGUAAAGAUGGAGAAUCUAAUUAA